GUAACUGACUAUCUCAAUGAGCCUGAUGAUGUGGAACCUUGGUGCGAUACUUGCUUUGCUCUAAUCAGUUCAGCACGAAGAGACCAAGUGCUGUCACUUCAGAUUGGAUGAAACCGAAAAAGGAUUCCUCAAAACAUGCCCAAGAUCGUCAAUGUAUAUGCUGACGCAGUUGAGAAUCUCAAGGAACAUGCCAAUCCCGAUGCCAAGUACCCAUCAGAAGAGUCCAUCAAAGGCUGGAUCAAAAGCAGCGCCGACGUAUACAGCAUGGCCGCUGUUGUGGAUAACAUUCCCUUUGGGGAUGCUGGCAAGUUAUUACUCAAGCGCAUUCUAACGAAGGACAACCGGCCGCUCUGGAUUUUACCUUAGGCUGGCAGAAAUUUCCUGGCACAAGUUCUGCUUAAGAUUCGGAUCACUUAUUCAGCGGAAAGUGCGAGGAGUUUAUACACCAAGUUGCGGG